AUGUCACUGGAUAUCGCCGUUGCUUCACAAUUAGCACCAUAUGACGAUGAAGAAGAGAUACAAUUGAUGGAUACUGAUGAAACAAAUUUACAAGUAGAAGAACAAUUAAUAAAUACAACUACAAAUGAUGCUCAUCAAGAAACACCAGAAGAAAAUAACGACAAUAAUAAAACAGAAAAAGAAGAAGAGAAAAUACCGUCAUUACUUGUUAUCGAGAAACUCAAAGUAUAUAUUCGAGAUGGACCUAAUAGUCAUCAUGUAGAAACAAUUUCAGUAGAUGACAAAUAUUAUGAAUUACCAACUGCAGAGCAAUUAGAGUCAAUCAAAUUAACAGAAGAGGAAAUAAAAGAUGUUUGGCAAAGUUUAAAUUUAACUAAAGAAGAUUUUCGUGCAGCAUCGUCAUCAACUGGUACAUCACGUCCUGAAUCUCUUUAUGUUCGCGGUGUAAAUAAUAUGAGUACACAAGAAAUUUUGAAUUGUUUUGAAGACUUUCAACCUAUUGGUAUUGAAUGGAUUUGUGAUCAUUCAUGUAAUGUCUUUUGGCAUGAUAGUUUAACUCCAAUUCAUCUUCUUGCAACAAAAUCAACACCCGGCCCAUGUAUAUCUCAUCGACGUCCAGUAAAUUAUGAUCAUGCUAUGCGAUUAUCCAAACGAAAAUCAUCAUCAUUAACGUCUACAAAUAGUAAAAGUGAUUCUACUGAUGUUGCUCUUCCGCCAGGUCAUUGGCGUGAAGGAAACUUUUCAUUAGCUAAUAAACCAGAAUCAUCAAUUAAAUUAUAUCUUCGAUAUACAACACUUAAUGAUCGAAAAACGCGUGGUGCUGAAAAUCAAUCUGAAUAUUAUCGACAAUAUGGUAAUCCAAAUUAUAAUAACAUGACUGGUCUUAUAUCUCGUUCAAAAAAACGUGCAUUAAAUGCAAUGAAAUCAAAUCGUUUUCGAGAUUUUACUGUUGUCAAAUCGAAUGAUCCAACAUCAACAUCGAAUAGUAUUGUGGAAGAAAUAUCAACAACAACAACAACAACAUCGGAGGAUAAUGGAACGGAUACAAACGUUAAAUUUACUGUGGUUCUUCCACCGAAAAAGAGUUCACCAAGUGAAGAAGAAGAUGAUGAUGAUGAUGAGGAAGGAGGACACAAAUCAAAACGACAACGACGACGAUCAUGGAGUAAUAAUAAUGAUGAUGAUGAUCGACAACAUAAAGAAAAACCUCAUUUUACAGUAACUAUUGAUCCAGCAUCUAAACAUACAAAAUAUUCAAGAAAUAAAAUCAAUGAAUCAUCGAAAUCAAAUAAAGAUGAUGAUGAUAAUGAGUUAACAUCUGUUACUGAUGCUCGACAAAUUCUUGAAAGAAAACGACGAAAUCGAAGAUGA